UGUUCAAUUCUCGGCCCCGAUCCGAAACACAAACACAUAGUAAACCAGGGUUAACCCUUCCCUUAGCACAGUCGAAGCACUGAUCAAAUCUUUUGAUCUUCGUCGCCAUGGGAACCCUAGGAAGAGCCGCAUACACAGUUGGAUUUUGGAUCCGCGAAACUGGACAAGCCAUGGAUCGUCUCGGUUCACGCCUGCAGGGCAACAACUACUUCAAAGAACAGCUGUCCAGGCAUCGGUCUCUUAUGAAUGUAUACGACAAAGCUCCUACAGUCGAUAAAGAUGCAUUUGUAGCCCCAAGUGCUUCCAUCAUCGGGGAUGUUCAAGUGGGAGCAGGAUCAUCUAUUUGGUAUGGUUGUGUUCUGAGAGGUGAUGUUAACUCCAUCAGUAUUGGAUCUGGGACUAAUAUUCAAGAUCACUCACUUGUGCAUGUUGCAAAAUCUAACUUACCUGGAAAGGUGCUUCCUACUGUCAUUGGAGACAAUGUUACUGUUGGUCAUAGUGCUGUUUUACAUGGAUGCACUGUUGAAGAUGAAGCAUUUAUUGGUAUGAAAGCUACUCUCCUUGAUGGUGUAGUUGUUGAAAAACAUGGCAUGGUUGCUGCGGGUGCCCUAGUAAGACAGGGUACUAGGAUUCCAGCUGGCGAGGUAUGGGGAGGUAAUCCUGCUAAGUUUCUGAGGAAGCUUAAAGAUGAAGAGAUAGCGUUUAUCUCCCAAUCGGCGUCUAAUUAUGCCAGCCUGGCACAAGUUCAUGCUGAGGAAAAUGCGAAGACGUUGGACAAAUUUGAGUUUUUGAAAGUGUUUCAAAAGAAGGCGAAUGUAGACCCGAGUGUGAUCCAAUGAUGAUUUUGAUUUGAGGUUGUUGUUGGAUUCUUGAUGUUCAUGGUUUUUUGCUUGUAUUGAGCAAAUCUUUUGAAAUAAUUACAAACUUGUUGUAAUGGAGUUGUAAAAUUUAUAUUUUGGAUUGUGUCUUAUGUAUCUGAUUUUUGUUUAGAAUGGGAAUUUGACAAGAUUGUAAUC